AUGCUAAUUGAGGAUGAUUUGCCUACCUAUCAGACCGCGAUUAAUACGUUUGAUGGAGUACGCGAUGAGACUGGAUCCAGCCCAUGUCCAUGGGCAAUUUGGACUCGGGCAUGGUCCGCUGAGGAAAAUCGACUUAUUGAUCUGCUACGAACUUAUUUGUAUCUUUCAGGGAGAGUGGAUAUGUUGAUGGUCAAGAAAACACUACACUACUCUAUUGGAGCUGGAAUUGACAUCGGAGCAGAGAACAAUCCAUAUAUGGGCUUUGUGUACACAUCAUUUCAAGAGCGAGCCACAUUUCUAACGCAUGGUAACAUGGCUAGGUUAGCUACAGAAGGUGAAGACCCCGUGCUAGCACGUAUAUGUGGAACUAUUGCAGCGGAUGAAAAGCGUCAUGAGAAUGCCUACACAAGAAUUAUAGAGAAGUUGCUAGAAGUGGACCCAAACACGACUAUGAUAGCCAUUGCGAAUAUGAUGAAGAAGAGAAUUACUAUGCCGUUGCACCUCAUGUAUGAUGGGCAAGAUCCAAAUAUAUUUGAGCACUUUUCUGCCAUUUCCCAAAACCAAGGCGUCUAUACAUCUCGUGACUAUGCUGAAAUAUUAGAAUUUUUCAUAACAAAAUGGGAAUUGGAAAAGCUUGAAGCCUUGACAGGGGAGGCGAGGCGUGCACAAGAUUUUGUGUGCGGACUUCCACGUAAGAUUAGGAGGUUGGAAAAUCAAGCCAAGAAAUUAGAGUCACGUUCGGCAAAAUUUAGUUGGAUUUUUAACAAGCAAGUGAAUGUUUAGAUGUAUUGAUUUGUAAUAAAGAUGUAAAACUAAA